CACUGGAGCAGUGAGUUUCCAGAAUAAAGCUCUUAAUUAUUCACUAUCACCAGAUCUCUACUGUACAGAAACACACUGUCCUAAUGGGACCCAGGAUGCCUUUCUCCGUUCACUAUGGACUUACGUGUUUAACCAUGCUGCUGUUUCUUGUUGCACAAGUGUGCAGAGCUACUCCCAUCUGCUGCAUGACAACCUCAAAUGCCAUUAUUAGGGAACCUGUCAACGGCUGCUACCUACAGAAGGACAACACAAUUCCUAAUUGCAAUGUAGAGGCUUACAUCUUCACCACUCAAAAUAACAAAUGGUGUGUAGACCCAAGAGCUUGGUGGAUCCAACAAAGACUGGAGAAGUUAGCAAAAAGAGGAAUAUAUUGCAAAACCCAGUGAAAUGCCUUCAACAACCAAGAUGAAUAGGACAGACUGUAACGCACCAUGACCUUUUAAGCAGAAAUCUUUACACAGCGACCAGUUUCUAUUUAAUUUGUCUGGAAAGUUAAAGCUGGGUUAUGGAAUUGAUUUCGGAAGCAUUUUUUACAUGUUGAAAUUCUCUUUACAUCCUGACAGCAAUCAAUAAAUCAAGUGCUUGGACACAAAAAUUAAAACACUCCUGUAUCUGUGGCUGCCACUUUAACAAGCAUGGACAUAC